UGGAUAGGUGUAUCUAUCCUAGCUUUAACUAGCGCAGCUAAAAAUAGCAGAGAGGACCUACUUGUGCAGGCUUCAGCACCAAGCUGUACAAGUACACCAAGGAGCCUGAGUAUGUACUCAAGUUGCUAACCUGCGCUGAAGCUCAUGCUGCCAUAGCUUCACUGCUAUUUUUAGCUGUGCUAGCUUGAUUAAAGCUAGGAUGGUUAUAUCAACCCAUGCUGCAAUCACACCUCCAACCACAGAGGACUGGGGUUUGAAAUACUCUGUCUGCUAUUCAUAAUGGUUUGAGUGUUUUUGCCACUACACUGAAGAUUUUCUUGUCAACACCAUGUUUUUAUACAUCUCAUCAACAUUGUCUGCAUUUUACUGCAUCCACCAACACCUUUUUUUUAAAAAGAUACCUGAGGAAAAAAUCCUGUGAGUUCUGACCAUUUGCUUACUGGGAAGUUCCUCCUCAGACUCAGCCCAAAACAAAUGAUGUCAUCAGAGACCUGCCUUCCAGGUCACUGCAUCUUCAUGAAACUGAUCAUUACCUUGAUAACCCCUACUCAGUUGUGCUGCAGAAGUGUUAGACCUUGGCACUUAGCUGGAGAAUUGAGACGUGGAGCUUCAGAAGCCUUCAGAAGAGAUGUAAAUGCCUAACAAAUGGACAUUGCUUCAUGGGCAUUACAGAGGUAAUGAGCAGAUGCCUGCCAAUGACAGGAGAUGCAGCCUUGCUGUCUGUCAUUGCUUUGGAGAGCCUCCAGAAAGCAUGAGCCAAGCUUUUUGGAUGAGAACUAAAGUGCUGGGAUGGAACGUUGUCUCUGAACUGCUACAGGGAGAAACAAGUAUGUAAUGAGCCAAUGGAUGAAGGCAUACAUGGAGAUAAGAUUGGGAUCCGACUCUACUAUGAUAAAACCACAGAUCACUGUAAACCAUUUGCAUACAGAGGUGCUGGUGGGAAUGGGAAUCGCUUCUUCACUGACAGGCAGUGUAUGAAGACAUGCUCUACAUUAGCUGAACAAAUCUAUCCAGAUGAUGACCGUGUUUGCCUCUUGGAGAAGGAUCUUGGACAUUGUAAAGGAACCUACUUGUUGUGGUAUUUUGAUCAUGCGCUGAAGAAGUGUAGGACUUUCAUUUAUGGAGGUUGUGCAGGAAAUGGAAAUAGAUUUGUUAAUGAGACAACAUGUUGCCAGAAGUGUGCUCAGGCUCCUGCAUGUGAACGAACAGGAAAGGAAGAUGAAGGGCCUGAUGUAGGCUUGGUGCUUGGAAUCACUGUGGGAUGUACUACAGCAGUUAUCUUGGUAUCUGAACUCGCCAUAUUCCUUCAGAAAAUAGUGAAGAAAUAUUCAACCAGAGAAAAGAAGCAAAAUAACCCCCUGGCUAAUAUAGAAAUGUACUAACCAGAAAGAAAAACCUUCUUAUUUCCUUGGAUUAAUGCAGUGAAUUCCUUGAUUUGUAUCAUAUGGCUUUGUUAUAUGAAAUAUUGUUUAUACUUUCUAAAGAACCUAUAAAAUGCAUACUGGGAUUUGUAAAUCCUAUUCAUCCGGUCCAGUGUAUGGGGGAGUUCUCAUCCCAUUUGAGGGACAUAUAUAAGAAACCCCAUAGCUUAGUGUCAGAAUGCACUAGUGGUAACUUAACUCAAAAUACUAUAUCUCUGAACUAAAUCCUGCUUUUAGCUACACAGCUGGAAAUGAAGAAUAACUCCACUAAGCUUAGUCUAAAUUGUUUAUGAUGUUGUGGGUAACUGGACCAUAUGUGCAUUUAGUGAGUCUGUUCCCGCCCCCCUUCAUGCACGUGCAGAAUUUCCAUUAAUGUUAAUUAGAGUUACUUGUGUGGGACAGCAAGACUAUGUUCUCCCAAGACUUCUUGUGGUUCAGUAGUGCACUGUAUUAGAUGCUUUCCAAACUCUUCACCAGAGAGUCUUUACUGAGAUGUUAGUUCCAACAUCAUCUGCAUUAUUAAAUGGUGCUGUAACACUUAAGUCACCUGCUGUACCUGUGCCAAUUGUCCAUGUGCAGUGCAGAAUGCAGCCAAAAAAUGAGAGAGAGCCAAGGAAUGCAAGGCUCAGAAGUACUGGAAUGAAACAGGCAAUCUUCUGAUCUUUACUGCCCCCAUUAUUACAAUGCUCAGCGUUGCAUGUUACUGUAGAACAAUGGUUCCCAAACUUGUUCCACCGCUUGUGCAGGGAAAGCCCUUGGCGGGCCGGGCUGGUUUGUUUACCUGCCGCGUCCGCAGGUUCGGCCGAUCAUG